UCAGCUCAGUGUUUCAUCAACCUGCUGCAGUGACAGAUGAACUCACACACUUGAGCACUGCUGCCUUUAGGAGCUAUGUUAUCGACGCUUCGCCGGUGUUUCUGCUGCGAAUGCUGUGGAUCCUGCAAAACAGAAGAGGGAGCGGGUCCACCAUGUUCAACCACCACAACACAACAAUUCUUACAUUCAGGGCCUUGGCAGCAUGUUCUACUGCAUCCAUUGUGGGAGAUUUCCUGCGUCUCACUGCGGCCACUGAUUUGCCAGCAGGUACAGGCCAAACAGGUCAAGACGCCGUGACCUUGUUACCCUCAGCGACUGAUGGACGCCGCUCGCCCAAGGAAGAGAAGCCCCAAAGAGUGAUCACCACAUUUGAGGAACUCCUUAACACAAAAUGCUUCCAUGAGGCCAGCCAGCUGCUGAUAGAGAGAGAGGAUCGUCUGUUUGGGGAGAUAACGGAGGCAAAGGCUCUCAAAGAUCACAAUGACGAAGUGGACAAGCUUGCUGCAGACUACGGAGAUCUGGAAACCUCUGUACUGCACACCCUGAGGCUUUCUCUCACCCCGGGAGAGGUCAGCACACAGGCUCUGACGUCUGCUGUCAACGCCAUCAACCAGGAGGAGCACCAGGACCAGCGGUGGAAAGAGAGGGAUAGGACACCACCGGCCUGGAGGCCCAAGGGCUGGAAGAAGCUCCACGAUGACACCCUUCGCAGCUUGGUGGAGGAGCGUAUGGACAACCCCUCUACGCCCCCUGCAGUGCAGGUGGACCAGUCGUCUAUCCAAGCGGAUGUCACCAGCAUGGGCAGACAGCUGAAUGCUGACCUGCUGUUGGUGGUGGAGGUGGUGAAGAACUGCUACCCACCAGAGCUGGACAUCUGUAACCUGUACGCCAGGUUGUACCACCAGUACCUCAGCGCCAGACUCAGAAAGAUUCUGGAUGAAAAAGACAGCGCUAACCUCCUGCAAUGGGUGUAUUAUUAUACAGAGAUCCUUCAGAAGCCGCAGCUGGUCAAUGAGAUCAAUAAUGAGGCGCUGGGAAAGCUGCUGCCUGAUGAGUUACUGGAACCUCUGGAGGAACAGUACCUGAGCAAACAACAGGAGGAGUUGACGACUUACAUCGGCCGCGUGCUGGAGGAUGCAGAGGAGAAGUGGAUUAAAGGAGAGGAACCGACAAGAGAAGACGGCUGCUUCGUCAGUCCUGUGGCCUACGACAUCAUUCAGCUCAUCAACGGCAGAGUGACUGUCGCUGAAAAGCUUGUAAGAGACCGGUCCAAGGCCCAGAACAUAACCUGCCAAUUGAAAGGUUUAAUGGAGAGGUUCAAGACCUUCCAAAACAAGAUCAUCAAGAAGAACAGAUCAAACAGCAGGCCGUUCAUCAAAGCCAACCUCGGCUGCAUCGAACAGUUCACGGAUGUUCUUCUUAACAGGAGCCAACUGUUCCCAAAGAAAGUGCAGGAACACUGUGUGCUUAUUCUGCGUGACAUGAAACAAUCUGCUCACACGUAUCUAUUAAAACCUGUGCACGAGUCCCUCAAGCCGCAGUACCGCAAGCUGGGAACCAAUGAAUGGCUGAAGAAGCACAUUUUUGAUAAGCUGCUGGAAAGCAUUAAACAAGAACUUCAGGAGCUUCAGGGUUCGGUUAAAUCCUGUCACGAGGAGCUGAUUGGCCAGCUGCACCAGGAAGUGACAGCGGAGUACGUGAAGAGGCUUCUGAAAGGAAAAGUCAAACUGAGGAACAAGGAGCAGCAGGAGGAGGCCUGUGAUAUGAUAAUAGACAACGCGGAGAGUUUGCACGAAUUGUUCACAAACACGGGAUCAAAGGAGGAGCGGUUGAGGAAAAUCCUGACCAUGAUUGCAGAAGUGCUGAAACUCCAAGGCCUCCCGGCCAUACAGAUGCAAGUAGUGUCACUGGGAACUGAUUUUCCUGACCUCAGUGAGAAACACGUUUCGGCCCUGCUGAAGCUCAAGACCAACUUCACCAGAGCCGACAGGAAAACCGUCAAAAAGACCCUGUCAGAGACUUUAAAGGAUGUCAACUGUGUCGCUGUUCGUCCGUUUUUCUCCACAGUUCAGGUCAAAUGAGCCGUAAAAACUUUGGUACCAGUACGUUCAGUUCUCCUCGCUCAAGUCAUUUCUAAGUUAGCUGAAAGUUGGCUUGUACAAUAUCAUGUAUGACGUUUGAUGAGUUGGUGUUUUCAAUUCACCUCAGCUAUCUCAGUGUGUCUGAGAAGUGUUGUUAAUGAUGAGCACAGCAGAGGAAGUUUCUAAGAAUGUAAAGAAUUCUGUCUGCAGACCGACUGUAAAAUAUAAAUGCUGUAUUUACUGUAUGAAUGUAAAAUAUUGAGUUCAUUGUGAACAUGUUGCUGGUAAACACGGUGCUUUUUACUGCUGUAAAAUCUGCCAGGUGUGUGUGAGUGUUUGCAUCUUUUAAUGAAAUAAGGAAGUUGUUUCGGAUUUAGUAAUCGGGACCACUGCUGGACUCUCUGAGGAAACCACUGAGUCACACGUUCAUCAACCUGACAUUAGCCACUGUCGGUCUACAAUAAAAUAUCACACCAACUA